CGGAGGUCGGCGGCGCUGUCUGGGAGGGGAGAGGCGGUGGUGAGCGUCCCGGGGUUUGUGAACCCGGUGAUGGACCCAGAAGGAAGAGUCGCGCGGCGGCGUUCGUCGCUGCUGCCGUGGCUGUUGCUCCUGUGGUCAAGGUUGGCUCUGGGCACGCUCUCCUUCGGCAGCAGCCCCCACGGGGUUCUCCACGACCUCCUGUCGGAGCAGCAGUUGCUGGAGGUGGAGGACUUGUCCCUGUCUCUGCUGCAGGGCGGAGGGCUGGGGCCGCAGUCGCUGCCCCCGGACCUGCCGAAUCUGGACCCCGAGUGUCGGGAGCUGCUGCUGGAUUUCGCGAACAGCAGCGCUGAGCUGACCGGGUGUAUAGUACGCAGCGCCCGGCCCGUGCGACUCUGUCAGACCUGCUAUCCUCUCUUCCAACAGGUCGCCAACAAGAUGGACAACAUCAGCCGAGCCGUGGGGAAUACUUCAGAAAGUCAUAGUUGUGCCAGAAGUCUCUUAAUGACAGAUAGAAUGCAAAUAGUUGUGAUCCUAUCUGAAUUUUUUAAUUCCACGUGGAAGGAAGCAAACUGUGCAAAUUGUUUAACAAACAGUCAAGAAUUAUCAAACAGCACAGUAUAUUUCCUCAGUCUAUUUAAUCAUACCUUGACCUGCUUUGAGCAUAACCUUCAGGAGAGCUCACACAGUUUUCUACAGCCAAGAAAUUACUCAGAAGUAUGCAAAAACUGUCGUGAAGCAUACAAAAAUCUGAGUAGUCUGUACAGUGAAAUGCAGAAAAAGAAUGAACUUGAGAAUAAGGCUGAACCUGGAACACAUUUAUGCAUUGAUGUGGAAGAUGCAAUGAACAUUACUCGAAAACUUUGGAGUCGGACUUUCAACUGUUCGGUCCCCUGCAGUGACACAGUGCCUGUAAUUGCUGUUUCUGUGUUCAUUCUCUUUCUACCUGUUGUCUUCUACCUUAGUAGCUUUCUUCACUCAGAGCAAAAGAAACGCAAACUCAUUCUACCUAAACGUCUCAAGUCCAGUACCAGCUUUGCGAACAUUCAUGAAAAUUCAAACUGAAACCUGCAAAAUGGAGAACUGACAUUGUGUGGCAUAGAUGAAUGGUGGAAGAUACGACUUGGUCAGAAAGAAGAUAAACUGUGAUUUGACACAUCAAGUUCUUAAGAAAUGCAAGGACUUCAGAUUUAUUUUUAAAUAAGAAUUUUCAGUUCUUAUUUGCCUUUCCACGCUGUUAUUUUUUUGAGGGUUGAGCUAUUUUAAUUUCUAGGCAUAGCGAUGUUGUCUGUUUUAAAGUGUGUUUGUUACAAUAACUCAAGAUGCAAGAACAAUCUUUAUUUUAUUUUACAGGUAUACUAUUAUCAUUUGAGACUUUUGGUAUCUCCUUAUUGAUAAAAGUAUCUCAGAUAGCAAAGUUGUUGAUAACUAGCAUUUAAAAAUUAAUCAGUUACAGCAAAGACUGAGAAGGACAGUACACACUUGCCAAAAAGGUCCAAAGAUUAAUUUAAAUUACUCUCCAUUACAGUAUUAUUGUUACAUAUAUAUAUUUAAUGUGUCACAAAUUACGUAUAAUAUGUAACUCAAUCUCUGGUUUCACUAAAGUAAUUUUUGAAACCACUAAUUAUAAAUCUCUCUCAUAAUUUUUAGAAGCAGUCAGGCACAUUACAUUUAUCUUUGUAAAAAGAUUUAUGAAAACUGGUUUCUUACUUUUAUAAAUAGUAUUUUACACUUUAGUUUUUCCUUUAUUUCAUAAGUAAUUUGAAAUCACUGGGCUGCUUUGUUAUAUUCAGGGCAAGAUGGAUUCUUUUUAUACCAGGGAUGUGCGUUGUGAAUUACAUUAAGUUAUUUGGCAAUUUAUAAUUUAUUACUACUUUAAAUCAAAUUUAGCAUUACCACACUGUAUUUAAUUGUGAUUUUUUAAAUGGAGAUUUUUCUCUUGGGAUAUACAGGGAUUUUUUGGAGGGAAGACAAGGGAGGAGUAAAUCAAGCUUAGGUUCAGAAACUAGACAUGGACCUGACGGGGUACUUAUCUCACUAGAAGACAAUUCAGUGGUUCAUGUGGGGGACAAGAAUCAGAAUGAGCGUCUGAUACAGGAAGCAGUUAGAUUAAGAUGAUGCUUUUUUUUUCGAUUAAGAUGAUGUUUUUUUUCCCCUAAAUUAUUUAAAUCAGAUAAAAUUGAUGUGAUUGAAAUGAAGUCAGAUAGUUCACUCUGCUCUGUCAGAAAUAAAUUCUAUUUUGAAAUUUUGCAAUAAGGUUAGUUUCAGAAUUGUUCGUAGUUUUACUUCUCAGAUUUUUGGAGUUGAGCAUUAGACUUAUUAACUCCUUGCUUUCUUGGUAGAAAUAGGUUUUAUUUCAAAUGUUGAGCAUAUGGAGACUGCUCUUUGUAGAAAUAAGAGUUUGAUUAAAUGGUACAUGAAUUUGAAUCCCUUCAUAUACUGUAAAAUGCUCUAUAGAGAGAGAGUACAGUGUUUAUAUUUUUUUUUAUGUUUACCUUAUAUGCAGAGUGAAAGAGAAGGCUCAUCCUUGGAUAUGUUAAGAGGUAACAGUUUUUCUGGUCUGCUGUGAUCCAUUUAAAAUGUGCUGGCAUUUGUUCUGCUGUCACUGUUCAUGCUACUGAUACUAAUAGCACUGUCUUGAUUUGAAGCAUACAGUUGAGGGCCAUUGAAAGCAAUCUUUCAUUAAUGCAGAUAAAACCAGUUUACAUGUGCAGAGUUAGAAGAUUACAUUCGAUUCUGUAAGUAGUGACUUUUUGAGCGUCUUUCACUAUUAUGUGUUUGUAAAAACCAUUGCUUUUGGAUGGUUGUUAAUAAGCACUUUAAAAAAAAAAGGCAGACUGUACUAUUUUUCUGGUUGAGUCAUUGCUCUUUAGAAGUAGCAUCAGCAAUAGAAUCCAAAAAUAAGUAUUAAGCGCUACACUAAAGCGUGCAGAUAUUUCAUUUUGUAGUCAUAUUGAAUAAUUCUUUGCAUAGUUCCAAAUUUUGAGACAUAAACAGCAUAUGUAUAUGCAUAAGAACAUCUUUAGGUUUUUUGACACUUUAAAAUACAGGAAAUAUCUUAAGGAAGUUGCAAUGCUGUAUUUGAUUUUUUUCAAUACAUUUUUAAAACUUCAGAUGUAAUUUAACGUUCAGUUUUAAUUUUUUAGGUAUUAAAUGCCUACCUUGAAAGUACCAUCUGUCUUGUAAUUUUGCUGCAAAUAAAAAUGUACUUUUGGAUUAUUUA